AUGCGGCCUGUGGACGACAAACGGGUCACCCAAAUUCUAGUGGAUGCACUUCCUGCUCCCAGAAAAUCCACCGCUGAUACUGAAGCUGUGGUGCCAUCACCGCCUGAGCUCAACGCUAAACGCAGGGGAGCGAUCCCAUCCAACGGCCGCCUGGUCAAAAGAACCGCGGCUCCAUCUUCCGUAGAGCCCGGCGGCAAGACUAUACAGGGCUCUCCACGAGCCUUGGCUCUUCCGGAGAUUAGCGAGUCAGGAAACAGUGCCGGUUCAGAUCUAGUUAUACGACAGGAGCCUCCCUGGGAUACUUUCGAGAAAUGCUACGAAUGCGAUCUGGCUGGCACCGUUGCUGUAUGUGUCCGACGCUCUCGUCGCCGUGCCGUCUGGGCGAUCCGCCAGUAUCCUAGCAAGGAUGCCAACAGAAUACUGGACAUUCUCCGUUCGACGCACCACAAAAAUGUGAUCGCGGUUUGGGAAUGUUUUCAUACCUCUGAUGCCCUAUAUACUCUCAGCAAGUUCCACCCUCUCACCCUAGAUCAUGUCGUCGCAUGCAAAGCCUUCCCAAACCAGCAGCAGCUGGCCGCCAUCAUGUCUCAGUUCGUGGAGGGAUUAUCGUAUCUCAUCGAGCAAAACCUCCAGCACACUUCUCUUGAUUGUUCCAGCAUCCUGAUGUCUCUUGAAGGGGAGGUUCAAAUUGCACGAAUUGAUUGCUGUUCCGUUCGAUCGCCGGGUAGGAUUCAAGCGAGCGACCUGGCUCCUGUGGGGCGGGUAAUGAUGGAACUGAUGCAGAAAUACGUCAAGGAUGAUGGAGCGGUUGGAAUCGACAAUCUCAAACGCUGGGCGACUUGCUCAGCUGCUGUUGAAUUCCUCUCUGCGACGACGUCGGCUGGCUCUUUUGAGGAACUAAAACGGGUUCGUAUUCAGCCUCUUUGGCUUUGGAAACUGCUCAUUCGCUCCCAGCAACGCCUCUUGACUGAAAUCCGUUGGUCAACUGGCGACCUGAUCGGCCUCGCUUGGUUUGCACUGAUCUCGGCGCGCACAUUCUACUCGUACACAUCAUCAUCGGAGGGGGUUGAAAAGGGCACGAAUGUCACCACCUUUUCUUCAAAGGACAGACUGUGA